UUGAAUUUUCAUUGCGAGCGCGUCUGCCGCUCCUUCACGCUCGCCCUCUCGCUCUUUCGCUCGCCCACUGGCCCAUUCGCUCUCUGCCGAGAAAAAAGCUGAUAAACGGUAGACAAAACCAAACGAAAGCAAACCGAGACCGAACUUUUGCCCAAGUGCAGUUUUAUUUAAUCAGUGUGCAAAGACGCGUUGUUUGGUUAACGCCGGCCGACGGCUCAGCGAAGCAAAUAAAUAAAUACAAAUAGGAAACACACAUAUUUUUUUUAAGUCCUACGCGAGUGAACACCUAGCCCCUGCGCAAAAUAAAACCCCCUUCUACCGAAAUUGUGCAUAAAUAGACCUAUUUUCAUGGCCUAAACUACGGACCAUAAUGGUUUUGGAGACCUCCGAGGGCGAUACCAAAAAGUUCCUGACCAACAACAAUAACUCGAGUGCCAGCCGAAAUAACAACAGCCACAAUAACAACAACAACAAUCACAGUCCCAAGGAAAUUCCGGAGGAGACUGGCCGGAGUAGCAGCACCAACAGUAGCAGCAUCCCCAACGCCCACCGGACCACCGCCGGUCAGCAUCUGUUCGGUGGCUCCCCAUCGAGCGCCUGCUCCACAUCCGUUUCCGGUUGCGGCAUGCCCUCCGAGGGCCUCCAUCCGACGGCCGCACUCCAGCUUUAUGCCGCCGCCGCCCAACUGGCGCCUAAUGGCGUCCGCGUACCGCCCUGGGGUCCCUUCCUACAGUUCGGGGUGCCGGGCGUCUUUGGUCCGAACGGACCCUUCCUUGGGCGACCCCGUUUCGAUGCCGCCUCCGCCGGCGGACAUCCGAAUUCCGCUGCUGCCGCCGCGGCCGCCACGCAAAUGGCCGCUGUGAAUGCCAGCAAUGCGUUCGCCAAUCUAACGGGACUGAGCGCGGCGGCGCUGCGGAACGUAAGUGCCGCCCAAACGACGGCGGUGGCGGCCGUCGCCAGUACAGUGGCCACCAUCCAGCACCGACUAAUGAUCGGCAACCGGCAAAGUUUGCCGCCGGCGGGACCACCCAGCGAAGGAUCCAACGAGGAUGGCGAUUUCCCCAUUCUCCGUUUGUUUUCCCUAGGUUUUCCCGGCGACGGCGACGACGACAGCAGCGCGGCCAAGCGGCGCAGGUCGCGCACCAACUUCAACUCCUGGCAACUGGAGGAGCUGGAGAGGGCCUUCUCCGCCAGCCACUAUCCGGACAUCUUCAUGCGGGAGGCCCUGGCCAUGCGGCUGGACCUCAAGGAGUCGCGAGUUGCGGUAUGGUUCCAGAAUCGACGUGCCAAGGUGCGUAAGCGCGAGCACACGAAGAAGGGACCCGGCCGCCCCGCCCACAACGCCCAGCCGCAGACCUGCAGCGGCGAGCCCAUUCCGCCCAACGAGCUCAAGGCCAAAGAGCGAGCCCGUCGUCGAAAGAAGCUGGCCAAGGCCAUCGACCGGCAGGCGCGAAAACUGCAGGCUAAGGGCAUCACCGUGGACCUGGAGGCCCUCAAGGCCGAGUACAUAUCACAGCACAAGGCGAACGGCACCUUCUCCGAUUCGGACCUGGAGGACGAUGGCAUCCAGAUCGACGUGGUGGGCGGCACCGACAGCGACGACGAGGGCGACAGCGACGUCGUCAGUCCGGUGCGUCUCGGUGGCGGAGGAGGUGGUGGCGGUGGCACAGGAGGCGGCGGAGGCGGUGGAGCCUCCUCGUCGUUCCACUGCGGACUGGAUGGCGAUGGCGACAGUUCGCGGGCGGGCAGCUUCAUCGGCGGCGGCGGCAGUCUGGGCAGCCCCAGUUCGGUGGCUCCACCCUCGAUGCUCUCCAAUGGAGCGGUCCAGUUCGGCAAGCUGGAGCCGAUGGAUGGCAAUGAGUCCGAGGAGCGGGACAGGGAGCGCGACUCGCCAAAGCCGCUUCUCUUUCCCGCCAAGGCCUUCCACCAACUGAACCUACAGAGCAGCCAACAGCACCACGGUCUGUUGGUGGGGCAGGGUCAGGGAUCGGGAUCUGGACACGGGCACGGGCACCAGCACAACCACCAUCAGCACCACCUUCACCAUGGCAGUGCAUCCGCCUCGGCGGCGGCGGCAGUGGCCAAUCUGGUGCACCAGACAUCGCCGAUCAGCAUGCGCCGGAGCAAUCCCUUCAGCAUCGAGUCCUUGCUGUUCAACAACACGUGAGGCAACCACGCGAGGAUCACGAUCCGGCCGAAUCCCCUCGAGACCUCUUUGAUUUCCGCGUUCCUAGAAUAUUUUGCUCAACUUAUUUCCACAUCUCCCACUCUAAGUUUCCCCAUUUGUAUGUAUCUUCGGUUCAGAGCUUGAAUAUUCCCUAAGUGAUUUAUUUAUUCAAAUGUAAUGUGUAGUGCAUUUUUUUUAUUUUUAUUUUUAAUUUUUUUUUUUUUAUCGUAGACCUUGUUCCCCGAGAGAGACUAAAUUAGUGUUGUAAAUGAAUUUAUUAUUUGUACUGCGUAUAUAUACUAUAAAUAAUCUUUUUUUUGAGUGGCUGAUGCCCAAAGCAAUGCUUGAAACAUGAAUAAUAUAAUUAUGUAAUAGAAGUCUAUUGACUAAGGACAUUUUUUUUCAAAGUGUGAGUGCGAUUGAAUGUGUGUUUCUGUGUGUGCGUGUGAGAGAGCCUGUGUAAAAAUGUAAUUUAAUUUAGCAAAACAAGAGAAAACCAAUUGACGAUGGGAAACACAAAGAAUUGCAUAGAAAUCCACGAGUUAAGUAAGCGAAUUUUUUUUGUGUCGAAAAAAGCAGGCUAGAAUAUUACAAAUAUGAGAGAACCCACACAAUAUUACGUAUAAAUAUGCAAAGAACGGCGAAAUGGCUGCUAAAAUUAUAUUGUAUCUAAAAACUGAUUGUCAAACAAGAAUAAAAUGCGAAUCUGUAAAGAGAGAAAAACCACAUAAACAACAAAUUACGAUUA